GCUUCAUUGUGAUGGAGGCAAAAGUAGGGAGAAAAAGGAACAGCUGACAUAAACUCAAGGCAUCACAGGUGUCUUUGUGUCAUGUAUCGAAGAUAGGUAGCACCAGCGAACGCCUCGCUUUCCGACGGCCAAUUGCGGCCAACGGGUGAUAGGACCCCCCACCGGUGAUCGUAUUGGAUGUCUACAGCCUCAGUCUUGACAACGACUUGACAAGAGAGUGUUUCUUUACUUCGCGCUGAAGGUUGUAAGGCCAGCGCUGCUCUGUUUCAGUAGAAACCCACGGUCGAUUUGUCUGAGUUUACAAUAUGUCGGAAGUUCGGAUUGUUGUGGUUGGCGCCGGCGUCAUCGGCCUCACCACGGCCCUCACCCUCGCCCGCUCCCGCAAGCACAACUACACCAUCACCGUGCUCUCCAAGCACAUGCCCGGCGACUACGACAUCGAGUACGCGUCUCCCUGGGCGGGCGCCAACUACCUACCCGUCGGGACCCGUGGCUCUCUGCUGCAGAAACUCGAGCAGGCGACGUGGCCCGAGUUGGAACGGAUCGUGAAAGAGGUGCCCGAGGCCGGGGUGCAUUUCCAAGAGACGAUUGUGUAUGGGAGGAAGAAGGAUGAGGGGACGCCUACAGGGGAGUGGUUCCGCGAGUUGGUGAGGGAGGACGCGUGGUGGAGGGAUGUGGUGCCGAAUUUCCGCAUCCUGCCGCGCUCCUCGCUCCCCCCCGACUGCUCGACCGGCACAUCCUUCACCUCCGUCUGCAUCAACACAGCCAUCUACCUCCCCUGGCUGCUAGGCCAAUGCCUCAAACACGGCGUCGUCUUCCAACGCGCCAUCCUGCCCUCCCUCUCCUCCGCCCGAACGCUCCACCACUCGGGAAAACCCGCCCACAUCAUCAUCAACUGCACCGGCCUCGGCGCCCUGACCCUCGCCGACGUCAAAGACACAAACGUCUACCCAGCCCGCGGGCAGAUCGUCCUCGUGCGAAACGCACCGGGCGCAAUGUACACCGUCAGCGGCACCGACGACGGCGCCGACGAAGCGACGUACGUGAUGCAGCGGGCGGCGGGCGGCGGCACCAUUUUAGGUGGGUGCCUGCAGGCCGGGUCGUGGGAAUCGGCGCCGGAUCCGAAUCUCGCGAAUCGGAUCAUGCAGCGGAGUGUGGAGCUGUGCCCCGCGUUGGUGCCGCGGACGGGCAAAGUGACGGAGUUGAGUGUGGUUAGGCAUGGUGUUGGGUUGAGGCCGAUGAGGAAGGGGGGCCCGAGGGUGGAGAGGGAGAGGGGCGUGGAUGGCGGGUGGGUCGUGCAUCAGUAUGGGCAUGGGGGGUAUGGGUAUCAGAGUAGCUGGGGGAGUGCGUGGGAGGCGGAGAGGUUGGUUGAGGGGAUUUUGGGGGAGGGGGAGAGGGAGAGGGCGAAGUUGUAG